AUGUCGCAGCAUCCUUCACGACCCCCGGGAGGGUAUGGCCCGUCAGGCUGGUCAGCCCGUCCCACCUCCCACAGUCCCUUUCGCCCUGCUUCACCAGCACGCGGUCCACCCACCCCCAUCCACCAUCCCAUGUCACCCCUGACUUAUCCCGGAAUGAUGCACCCGAUGAGCCCGGUGCCCAUCGGCAUGCCUAUCUCACCGGGCAUGUCACCGGUUUUUGGAUGUCCACCACCUGGAUUUAUUCAGUGCCCAAGACCGAGAUGGCCGUCGCCCGUUUCCACCGGAAAUGCUGCGCCUCGACCUUACAUACCUCAGAGUCCAAUUGAAGCACAGGGUGCCCCCGUACCCUGUGGACCCCCCGAGUAUCUGAUCGCCCCGUACAGACCUGGUGAUUAUGAGUACGUCGGUGUACCCCUAGAACCAUCCCAAAACGACGACGAGGACAGUGGACCCAGCACGGCGGAAAUUAUUGCCAGUCAAAGUCAAGAUUACGUCGAUGAAAAAUUGGCGGAAUACCAAGCCACAAUCGCUUUACUUCAAGGUCAGUUUUAG